ACAAGCAACGCUUGAAAACAUACAAGAUGGCAGCCACGUGAAAUCGAAACUGCUCACGCCUCUCCUCAGAAAUGACAAACGGCUUUGCGAAUAUUUUCCUACCCGUGCAGCUGUGCCAGGGCACGGGGGUGCUCAUAGGAUGCGCGGACAAUGCGGAGACCAACAUCGCGUGCUCCGCGUCGCUUCUGCUGCCCGAUUCCGAAGCGACGAAAGCCACAAUCGACGUGUUCAGGGACUGCCUGGCGAGCAGCUUAGCGCGGUGCGGCGAAUCGUGCUUCGUGGGGCUGCUUACGAGGGGCGACGACCACGUCGUGCUGGUCGCGCACGCGAAGGAGACGCUCGACUUCUGCAUCCAGGUCGACGAUUACGGGAACGUGGUGCAGUCCUUCGUGAGACAGCCCUCGACGAGGACGAUGGUCGUGCUGUACGACGCUCACGUGCUAGAGCGCACUCCUAGCUUCCGAGAGCGCGGCGUCAACGCCUUGGUCGGCUGGUUGAUCGAAUGUCAGCAGUUUCGACUGCCUGAAAGCGUCGGCGGCACCGCAGACGUCGUGUACGCCAGUUCCGACGCGGAGGAAAUCUCUUUCCUGUGGCAGCCCGCGAUCUGUGCCGGUUCGUUGAUACAUGCUGCGAAGGCGGGAAUGGCGCGCAAGCUGCCCACUCGGGCUAGGACGAUGCUGUCGACGUGUGCCCAGGCAACGUCCACCGGUGCAUUGAUCUGCAAGCGACUCGACGACUUCGCUGCCGUCGCCGACAGCGUACGGUCACAUGGCCGCAUCACUCUUCGCUGCAAGAACAGGAUGUGCAGCGUGCUGCUCGACUGCUUGCUGGGCGCCUGCCUCGCCUGGGUGGUGCACUGGGACAACGGCUUCUCCGAAGAAGUGCCGUGGGCCUCGCUCGAGUGGACCGAGACGGUCGUCCAGCACCUGCAGACGCUCAUCCAGUGGCUGAUGGGCGCCCCCGCUGGACUGAAGCUGAACGCUGCUCUCAACAACGCGCUGGGACGCUUCUUCCUCUAUCACAUAAGCCUCUGGAAGACGUACGUGGGCGUCGUGGACCCGUGGGUCGGGGCGUUGUUCAGCCUCUGGCCGGGCAGCCUGACCCUGCACCUGGCGCUGGCCUCGGACCUGCUCGCGCUGGCCACGGUGCACAUGUACUGCUUCUACGGCUACGCGUGCCGCCUCUACCAGGGCUGGGCUCGCGCGCUGGGCGCCCUCUGGCGGCUGUUCCGCGGGCGCAAGUGGAACCCGCUGCGGCGGCGCGUCGACUCGCACCGCUACGACGUCGACCAGAUGUUCGUGGGCACGCUGCUGUUCGGCGUGCUCUUCUUCCUCUUCCCCACCGUGGCCGUCUACUACGUCGUCUUCGUGGCGCUCCGGUUGGUCGUCUUGUGCGUCCAAGGAUUGCUGAGCCGCGCCGUGCUCGUGUGGGACUCGUUGCCGUUCUACACCCUGGCGGCGAGAACAGUCAGCGGACGUCCGAUUGUGGGAGACGUCCGCUUCGACGCCUUGUCAUCGGGACCGGAGUUCGCACUCUACAUGCAGGUGAUCGGCGGAAGCGUGGAUUUGCUCCCAGAACCCUUGGGCUUCCCUUCGUGGAAGAACCUGUUGGCCGACCUCCUGGUUGGACGCAUCGUCUAUCCGCUGUGAACGAGCUUCACUCCCAACUGGACGUUAUCGUUUUACGUCGAUGAAGACGCGGCUUCCAAGCACCCGUAUAUAGUGAAAAGCGUGCUGCACUCUAGUCGGAUGAAUUCCCGUUUAACGCGUAUGGACUGGAUCACUGAGAGACGAGUGCCGUUUCAUUGAAAAAAGAAGUCCGCGCUGCAUACGGCUAACAGAUGAAGAAUCCAGCCCUGCACGGGCCAUGCUGGACAUUCCAACCGCCGGUCGAUUCUGACAUACGUUCGCCGUCUUCGAGGUACUAAAUAUAGGAGACAGCGCUAGCCUUCUAUGGGGGUACUCAGAAAAAUAUAGCACAUACAUGCAAACAGCGAUAUAACGAACGGGGAUAUGCAAAGUCGUUGAACGUGACGAAGUAAAUCUAAAAUGUUUUUCGCCGAUAUCAGCGUGUUACAAAUACGCUUAUAACGAAUAUCAGAUAUAGUGAAUGUUUUUUUUUUUUUGUCAAAUGCGGCUUAGUUAUAGCGAGAUUUGACCGUAACAUUAUUGAAAAGCCUGGUACCUUAUGGCUCCCUGGCGGCCUUGAUAUGGGGCACCAUGUUUUCCUAUAAGAGAACAAAGAGCGCAAUACAUUCUAUUCCGCGUGGCCGCGCGAGUCCUAUCUUGAAACCGAUCUGCGAUGGGGACAGAGUGCGCCGAGUGCUGAUAGCUUCGUGUGCUCAGUUCGCGUUGAAGCGAGAAGCAGCGCGAAGGUCAAUUCGCUCGCUGCUGCUGCCGCUCUUCCUCACCCCAGCGUUUUGACAGCGAGUGUGCGCGGUCAUCGAGUGAGAUGUGUUCACCUUUGCUCUUGUGCGCGUGACAUUAAGCUUGUUAAUUUAGUUAGUAAGUGAAUGUUUCUGCCGAUAAAACGACUAUCCUUACUUUGUAUAGCCGUCUACUAAUUUGCUAUCGCAAUAGAUGCAUCGUCUUUCGGGCUAAAACUUACUUUUCCUCUCUCUUUUACAUUUGCGAUGGCGCCUUCUCUGUCUCGACUUCCACAAGAUGCACGAAAACCAUCUGCAGAGACUCGUAAAUAUUAUCUGACUUUAAUUUAAAGCUUAUGAUAUCCUAUAUGUUGUGCUGUUUCGUCAACCCAUGACUGGUAUACGCAUACGUUGCUCACGUGUAAUUCAUUCCAUUUUGACAGAUCGAUGUACCAUAUGUCUCCCCUAUUGUGUUGUAAAAUAAAAGGAGGCCGGAGGUGUCGUUUGACCGCCUUUA